GCGAAAACGGAAAAAGGGAGCUUUUCAUUAUGAAUAAAAUACCCUACCAGCAUUUGAAUUUUUGCUGUUCCUAUCCUAUUCCUACUUGUUCAAUAGAAAUCAAAAAUUAAUGUAACUCUGAUAAGGUUUUGUUCAUAUCGCAGGCUUUUAGAACCAAGGGCAUGUUUACUUGAUAAUUUUUAAAAGGUAUAAAGUUUUCAAGAUACUUUCCACACUAUAUGAACAUUCGAAAUUUUCUACUUUGAUAGUACCAAAAGUCCUUAAAAAUAAUCCCUGGAUAGAGUUCUACAAGUUACAUUAACACUUUUGUAUCCGUUGUGGUGUAUCAACUUGAAACCUUGUAAUCUGUUGAUAUGCAUAAUCAAAUACCCUUUCAGGCCGAAUGAAAAAUCCAAAUUUGAAUAUGAACCCACCAGAAAGUACCGCAAACACAAAGUAGACGAAUAAAAAAUGCAAAUUGAAAACAAUGGAAAAUAUUUUCUUGGUUGUACAAGGUAUAGAAUUACUAUUCAAAUCUCGCCGUACGAUUGUAUCGCUUCGGUACCCGAGGCCUAGAGUACACACCUCUUCUGGGUACCACCACCGUGCCAACGAACACACAAUGCUUUUAUUCGAAAGUCGUAGUCAUCUGCUGCGGACUCGUGCGGUCGUUGUUUUAUUUUUUCGUACCCAGCAGCAGCACCAAUAACCAGUAGUGAUUUCCGGUACCACACACGGUUUCCUUCCUGGUUGUACCUCGGUAUAGUUUCCGGUAUUUGGUAUCACUGGCGUCCGAAACGAGACUAGUUUUCCUGUUCGAAUAAGUUUUUGGUGUACGGUUUGAGUGCCAUUUGUUUUAUUACGAAAGGAGAAAGGAAUUCGGUUACUGUAGGAGUGUUCAUAAGAGUGUAUUUGUUUUACAGCAGUGUAAUUUCGGAACAAAUCUCUUGGAAAAUUAAACAAAAAAUAGUGCCAUGAAGUACUACUACCGUCAGUGUCGUGCGUGUUAUUAAAUCGAAAAAACAAUUAUUAUGUGGGGUUCCAGUCAUCAAUUGAAAACCGCCAAUAUUACCAGGCACCCGUCGACUCUCGAACCACCCAACAAGGGCGGUUUUUUGGGGGGUAAUAAAAAGUGGAAUAGCAGACCGGCCUCGUGGGCGGCUCCUGUCAAUGUAAAUAUUUUCCCGCAGGAAAGGAAUAAUGGACAUUCGCCACCUUUGAAUAGAAGAUUUGCUUCUAAGGUCGAUCCAGAACUGAUAUUCACGAAACAAGAACGUAUCGGCAAAGGAUCCUUUGGCGAAGUGUUCAAAGGUAUCGACAAUCGUACCACGCAAAUUGUGGCCAUCAAAAUAAUCGACUUGGAAGAGGCCGAAGAUGAAAUCGAAGAUAUCCAGCAAGAGAUUAUGGUGCUGUCGCAGUGCGACAGUCUCUACGUCACCAAAUAUUUCGGAUCCUAUCUUAAGGGCACAAAACUAUGGAUUAUCAUGGAAUACUUGGGCGGCGGCUCCGCCUUGGACCUCAUGAAAGCUGGCAACUUUGAAGAAAUGCACAUAGCCAUUAUCCUCAGGGAGGUACUGAAAGGUUUGGAUUAUUUGCACAGCGAGCGAAAGCUUCACAGGGACAUUAAGGCGGCGAACGUGUUGCUUAGCGAAAUGGGCGACGUUAAACUAGCGGAUUUCGGAGUCGCAGGGCAGCUUACUAAUACCACUAGCAAGAGAAAUACGUUUGUUGGAACUCCAUUUUGGAUGGCUCCCGAGGUGAUAAAACAAUCGGCCUACGAUUCGAAGGCCGACAUAUGGUCUCUAGGGAUAACGGCAAUCGAAUUGGCCAAAGGAGAACCGCCCAAUUCGGAAUUGCAUCCGAUGCGCGUUCUUUUUUUGAUACCGAAAAAUAAUCCACCCCAAUUGACCGGUAGCUAUAGCAAACAGUUCAAAGAUUUCGUCGAGGCCUGUUUGAAUAAGGAUCCUGAAAAUAGACCAACAGCCAAAGAAUUGCUCAAAUACCCAUUUAUUAGAAAAGCAAAGAAAAAUUCUUAUUUAAUAGAUCUAAUAGACAGAUACAAAAAGUGGAAAUGUUCUAGGAAUGAGGAAAGCGAAACCGAAUCGGAACCUUCAGAUUCUGAUGAGCCAAAACAAGAUAGCGAUUUAGAAUCGACAGAUUGGGUGAUGACGGUGAAAGGAAGCAACAUGAAGAUACAGCAUCAGCAGCAGCUAGAAGAAAUUACAAGCUCGAAUCAUAGAAAUAGCUAUCAAAACGGAUCGGGACCGGCUAGAGCACGGUCGCCCCCUACAGACGCUAAUCUGAACCAUUAUAGACCCGAGCAAAGCAUACAACCUGUUAUUCAGCCAUCGCCGCAGCCACCGACACAAGAUAUUCGCAAAGAAAGAAACGAUAGAGACCAUCACCAUCGUACCGAUAGAGAUCGUGAUAAAGAUAGAGAAAAGCGUAAUUCUGUGCCGCAGGCUUCGGCUAGAGAACCAAGUCCGUUGGAUCAUCGGGGAGAUACGACUCCGGAAAGAGAAAGCAAAAAGGCAAAUCGCAGAUCGAUUUCGGGAGGAAGUUCUGCGCAAGGCAAGAAUGAGGGCCGAUCGUCAACGACGUUGACUGGUUUUAUUUAUCCUUUAAUGACAGAUUUACAAAGAAGGCAUCAUUACAAUGGUCGAAGUCCGGAUAGUUCACACAAAUCGAGCGAUGCCAUCGAGGAGCUGAAGAACGCUUUCGAAAUUGCCGAAAGGACCAGUCCCGGCAUCAGCGACAUGUUCGUUUCCGAAUUGGUGCAAAAAUUAGUGCCAUCCAUAUCUGAUCAGAGGCUGAAGGGCGUUCUGGACAGGUUAAAAGAUUCAACAUAGACAAAUUAGAAGCAAUUUUUUAGAAGAGUUAACUUAUUCCCGAGACAAAUUUUAAUAGGUUUCUUUAUAAACAAACAGAAAAACAACACUUAUUAACAUGACAAUAUUAAUGUGUCCAUUUAUGAAAGAAAAAAGCUUAUAUUGAAAAUAGCAACGUUUUUAUUAUACAUUUAUUUGUUAGGGAUUCAAUAUAGAAUCGCCAAAACUAACAAUACAAAUAGGUAUAGUAGGGGGUUAUUAUUGUUCAAUUUUAUAUAAUAUUUAUUGAACUAACAGUACAUUUACUAGCGCCACCUUUUGCCUGGUUAUAUCAAAUCCCUAACAAAUAAUACUUGUAAUAAACACACACUUGUUUUGUGUAAAACUACAUUUUAGGAGUGAAUCAAUCAUUGCCAAGUCCAAAGUCAGGAUUGUUGUAUAUAUUGUAUAUCUAGAUGAUUAUCUAUUAUAUAUCUGAUAAGAUAUUUUUUCUUGCAAUGUAUUUUUUUAGAUAUUGUGUAUAUAAAUAUAAAUAUUAUUAUUAAAAGUAUUUUUAAUUGGUAAAUUUUUUUUGACUGGGUUGUCGCUAUGUCCAAGGAAGGAAUCGGUGGUUUUAUAUAACUGUAUGGGGUUUGUGAUUUAACGACUGUUAUUAAUUUAUUAAAUGAUUAUACAAAUUAUUGCUCGGAAUUUUUUUUUGUGUUUCUUCAAAUCGAUCCUGAAUUUUGAGGUAUCACUUUGCAAACUAUCUUCAGACUGUCAGAUUUUUCUCUUCUUUGUUCUGGAAAAAAAUCUAUGGAUCUUAAAAGCCUGAAUUUCCAGAACAUUGAAAAAGUCUUGGUGCUGUUAGAACAAAGUUUAGAAAGGAUAACGCACGCCUAACAUGGGAUUUUUGGGCUCUAUGGAUUUUGUCCAUUUUUUGAUAUGUUGUAGAGGAUUUAAUUCUGAACAACCUUUAAAUGGGACGAAACCUUGUAGGCUUUACGGUGUUUAAGAUAUGAGCGUUGAAAGAUGAAGUUUCUUGCUACUUUUUGUGUGGAGAGUAUACGAAAAACUGGUAUUUAUCAGUCAAAAUUUUGACAGGUUGACAUAUUUCACGUCACUAACAAAUGUCAAUAUUGGCUAAGGCCGGGACCGCAUUGGCGCCAACAUUGACCCCAGCGCGGUCCCGGCCUUAACCUAUGUUGACAUCAAUGACGUUGACAUUAAUUUUUAAAGUGACGUAAAAACCUGUCAAUAUUUUGACUGAUAAACACCAGUAGCACCAGUAUCUCGUAUACUCUCCACACAAAAAGUCGCAAAAAAGUUCAUCUUCCAACGCUCAUAUCUCAAAGACCGUAAUACCUACAAGAUUUUGUCCCAUUUAAAGGUUGUUCAGAAUUAAAUCCUCUACAACAUAUCAAAAAAUGGGCAAAAUCCAUAGAGCCCAAAAAUCCCAUGUUAGAUGUGCGUUAUCCUUUUAUUUUGAUCAUGCAAUUUUCCGAUUUUUUUAAGGGGACUUUGAAAAUCCUGAAUCCUUAUUAAUAUCUUCGCAUACUGCCUGAACUGGAACUCUGGAACGAAUAGAGAUCGUUUUCCCCAUAGACUUUUCCCUAUCGCUAUGGCACUUCUUUUAUAACAAUACUCUUCAGAUCUACUCAGAUUCUUAUGCCCGUUUAUUCCGUCUUCGUCGUAAACAGUGAUUAGCUAAUCAAUGAUUUGUAAUCAACGUUUAUGUAUUUGUGAUUUGCACCGUCUAGAACUAAACAGUGUUUAGGUAAACGGAGGAAGUACUUGGCAACAGCGUAAUAUUCUUCUGUUUGGCUAACUUCAUAAUGCUCAAAGGCACAUUCAUAACCACAAGUUUAUGUCUGACAUUGUCAAACUGUCAAACAAAUUGACUAGCAAAGUUUUUCGGGUUCUUGUAAAUUUUUUGUCGUGUUAUUUUUGCGGUGUGCGUCAGGACCUCCCGACUGAACUCUGGUGUUUUUUCAAUUCAAUGUUCAUUUUCUGCAUGCAUUUUAACAAAAAUUGUGAAAUUUGAAGAACCAAGACAAAAUAAAAUCAAUUAAGUAGAUCCCCCCAGUUCCAGCAAGUACAAAACUGUAUUUUUCAUCAGCCGAGAAUAUCUGAAAAAUUUCAGGUUAUCCAGCUCUUGAAAAUGGUUUUUCUCUAGUAAACCUUCCAGAGAAAUCCGACCCCCAUAGCUUUGUUCCAACCCAGCAGAGAACCGUUCAUUUUACCGCCAGGAUUCUGCGCAAAACAUAAAAUUUGUGCGUAGAAUCCGAAAUGUGUAUACAGAAUGGUUCUGAAUAAGUUCUUGGGGCGGUUUUUUGCUAGGUUGGAAGUUGGAACAGUCCUAAUAAUGUCCAGAAGAUCAAGAUCGUCAUUUGAAAACAUAUCGUCUUUAAGGAAAUCGAAAUCAUAAUCCAUUUUAAUUUAAUUUAGAAUAUUCAGUAAAAGCAAUGGAACAAUAAAAAGAAAAAACCAACAAAUGGAUUGAGGUUGAAAAGUACGAAUAGUCUAAUCGAUGUUUUAAUCACCAAAAUUAGGAUCUUUAAAUUCUUAACUGUUCUUUUGCAAAUGUUCUGUUUCUCUGCCAGAAUACUCCACUACUUCUUGACACUUUUAUAAAAAUACUCCGGAAACUUUAGUUAUUCCUUUUAAAAUUUCAUGAUUCUUUUUUGAAAAGAUUUUCCAAGAUCAUGAAAUUACUAUGUAAAUUUCUUGUUUCUCCAGACGUUCAGUAUCUUUAGAUCCUGAGUCAUUGCUGUAGCAGCCUGUGGUAUUCAACCUGGCGCCGAGGGCUGCUAUUCCGACUUUCGAGCAGCGUUGCCAGCUCAAGUUUGCCACAAUUACUAAAGGACCCCGCACACAUCUUAUGGGAUUUUGGGUUUCGGUCAAUUUUCCUGAAAAUUUGAUAUGAUGGUCCUUUCAAUAUGGACAUUAAACUACCUGUAUCUCGAAAACUAGUCAUAGGAUCAAGUUGUGGCUAUGAACACUUUUAAUCAGAAUGUUGCAUCAUAUCAAUUUUUCAGAGAAAUUGACCGAAUCCCAACAUCCUAUAAGAAGUGUGCAGGGUCCUUUGAAAAUUCUCCUACGAAAGAACUCAUGUAUCUUCAAAUUCUGGAAUUCUGCAAAUUAGAAGUUCCAGGAACUUUCAAUACGAAUACAAGGACAUUUUUUAAAAUUCCAUAACAUUUGUUACAUCACAAACAAACAAAAUCUCAUGUAAAUAACACACAUGAAAAUAAGUAUUAUGGAAGAAAUAAAUGUUUAUGAGUUUAAUAAUUCAAGAUCAAAAGUAGUGUAUCUUUAGUGUGUCUCAAGAAGCCAUUAUUUUAAAUGCUUAUAAGUCAAAAACGCACUUGCCCAUUAGUCAAAUUUGGUUUAUAAUGUUGUUUUCAAUUAAGCAUCAAAACAAAUUUGACUAAAACCAAAAAUGUAGGAUACACAUUAGAUCUCGGAUUAUACAAUUAUUGAAAAAUGCCGUUCGACUCUUAAAAAAUAGAGUAGGAAAAAUUGUACUGUUCUUCUCUAGGAAUUAAACUUCUAAUUAAAUUUAAUUACAGGUAUUGAAAAGACUUGAAAUAAAUUCGUACUGAACACUGUUAAAAAAAAUACACUCUAUUAUCAAAAAUUAUUGGAUUAUAAGUGUGAUUUGUGUAAAAUUAGUUCACUCAGAAAUCAGAAUUAUUGUGUCAUUUAAUGGGUGAGAAAUGUAUUUCAACAAUAAGGAUUAUAUUAUUUCAAUUCACACCAAUAAAGAGAACUUCAUCCGUCAUCAAUUAUUAUUGUAACUUUUUUUGUUUAGAAAUACUGUGAUAUGAGUGAACACAAUAAAAAUUAGGAUUUUAAUUAUGAUCUAAGUGUACUAUCCCUUGCAAAAUUGUAUUAUUAUUAAAAGAUCUGGGCUGGGACUCUGUAACGGAUAGAGAUAGUUAUCCUAUCUUGUUUUCGAAAACAAUAGAGAGGGGACGCCAAUAAUAGAUAUAGAGUCCCAGUCCUGGUUUCUAUGUGAAGCAUUUCUGAUGCCUUCUUUUUGGACCAAAUCUUUUAAUAAUAAAAAUUCGAAAAAAUUAGAUUUCAGUUUACAAGGGUUAUAGUUGUUCUUGUUAAUUUUUAUGAAUUAUUAUUGUUAUUUAGAGUUCCGUGUAGUUCUUGACUUCCUGACUUCACUAAUCUUUAACAAAUUAAUUUAUGGGCAGACACCAUGCGUCUACUUUUUCUGUACAAAAACUAUAGUUGUUUAUUGAUUAAUAAACGUUAUUAUUAUUUUAA